AAAAAUAAGCUAUAUAUGUGGGAAAUUACGUACAAAUUAGCAAAGAAUACUUUAAAAUUUCCCGAACAAUCAGCAGAGUCAUAUCUUUUGGGACAAUGUCACACUGAGAAACGUUUUAUUUUGAAGAUCUCUAACGGAAGUCGCGCCAAAGUUCCUGUCAACUUGUCGUUUGUCCCUUUGCUGGAUACAAACAGAAGAUUUGGCACCAUGUCUGCAGCCCCCCCUCUCCGGCGGACAGACUCAGCCCGGGGGGACUUCUCCCCCCUCAAGCACUUUGUUGUGGCCAAGAAAAAGAUCAGCGAUGUGUUUGAACAACUGCUCAACUACGUGAAAGAGACUUCAGAGUUUGUGGAAGACAUCAGCGGGAAUAAAGCCUUGGAGAAUGUGGCCACUCUGGAUCAGAAGUCUGAGAUCCUGGCCUAUGCGGACAAACUUGCUGUCAUUAAAGAGGUGCUUGCUCGCAGGCACAUGAAGGUGGCAUUUUUUGGCAGAACCAGCAACGGGAAAAGCACAGUGAUCAAUGCGAUGCUGAGGGACCGUGUCCUGCCCAGUGGAAUUGGCCACACCACUAACUGUUUUUUAAGUGUGGAGGGCACAGAUGAUGACAGGUCCUAUCUCAAAACGGAAGGCUCUGAGGAGGAGAAGAGCAUCAAGACUGUAAACCAGAUGGCCCAUGCACUCCACAUGGAUGAGAGUCUGGAUGCCGGCUGUCUUGUCCGUGUGUUCUGGCCAAAAACCAAGUGUGCUCUACUUCGAGAUGACCUGGUUCUAGUAGACAGUCCUGGGACAGACGUAACAUCACAACUCGACAGCUGGAUUGACAAAUUUUGCCUGGAUGCUGACGUCUUUGUGCUGGUGGCCAACUCGGAGUCCACUCUCAUGAACACGGAAAAACAUUUUUUUCACAAAGUCAAUGAGCGACUAUCAAAGCCGAACAUUUUCAUCCUAAAUAAUCGCUGGGACGCUUCAGCAAAUGAGCCUGAAUACAUGGAAGAUGUGAGGAAGCAGCACACGGACCGUUGUGUCAACUUUUUGGUGGAGGAGCUGAAAGUUGUCGACCGUGAGCAGGCGCCCAAUCGCAUUUUCUUCAUCUCUGCUAAAGAGGUGUUGAACUCGCGAAUGCAGCGCGCACAGGGCAUGCCUGAAACAGGUGGCGCUCUGGCUGAAGGCUUCCAAGAACGGCUGAAGGAGUUCCAAAGCUUUGAGAGAAGAUUUGAGGAGUGUAUCUCGCAGUCAGCAGUGAAAACAAAGUUUGAGCAGCACACUAUCAGGGCCAAGCAGAUCACUGAGAAAGUCAAGAGCAUCAUGGACGACAUCAACAUUGAGGCGGCAGAGAAGCGAGUGGAAGCUUUGGAGGCUAGAGAGAACCAAAUGGAUCGACUGGAGUUUGUCAGGAAUCAGCUCAACCUGCUGAUUGAGGAAAUUAAGAAGAAGAUCAAAGCGAUCAGCGAGGACGUGGAGUAUAAGGUGUCCAUUGCCAUGGGAGAGGAGAUCUGUCGUCUCUAUGUAAUUGUGGAUGAGUUCCAUGCUGACUUCCAUCCUUCACCUCAAGUUCUUAAGAUCUAUAAGUCUGAGCUCCUGUCCCAUGUGGAGGAGGGGAUGGGCAAGAACCUGGCCUUCCGCUGCACCAAUGCCGUCAAUGCCUCUGUGCAGUCCACUCAGAAAUACAUGAUAGAGAGCAUGCAGCCUCUUCUUCCUUCUGCGGUCCAGAGUCAGAUUUGCAUGCUGGUGCCUAACCGGACCCUUGACCUGAGCUACGACCUGAACUGCAGCACACUGUGCAGCGACUUUCAAGAAAACAUUGAGUUUAGGUUCUCGUUGGGAUGGCAAGCUUUAGUCCACCGCUUCCUGGGGUCAGUCAAUGCUCAGCGGGCUCUCAAGUUGGUAGAUCAGACGUCUCGAACAGCGCUGCCCAUGGCCCAAACGCCAUCCUCGGGCCCACCUUCCAUCGCAGCCCCCCCCAACAACGAGACCGGGCUCAUGACCCAGGAGGAGCUGAUGAUAGCACUGGCCAACAAUGUGGCCUCCCUCACUUCCCGCACUUCUAUGACUGUUAUCGUCGCUGGAGGAGUGGUGUGGAAAACGGUCGGGUGGAGGCUCAUCGCUCUGUCGGCUUCUCUCUACGGCUUGCUGUACCUGUAUGAGAGACUCACAUGGACCACAAAGGCGAAGGAGCGAGCUCUGAAGCGGCAGUUUGUGGACUACGCGACUGAGAAACUGCAGCUCAUCGUCAGCUUCACAAGUGCUAACUGCAGUCACCAGGUCCAGCAGGAGAUGGCUACGACCUUUGCUCGGCUCUGUCAGCAGGUGGACCAGACACAGAAAGAGCUGGAGGCAGACAUCCGUCAACUGACAGACAAGAUAGAUCAGAUGGAGAAGGUCCAGAGUCGCUCCAAGAGCCUGCGACAUAAAGCCACAGAGCUGGAAAGACAACUAGAGGAAUUUACACACCAGUACCUGCAGCCACAGGAGUGAAGAUGCUCCUGCUCAUCCCUCGGCUCUUAUGGAGCUCCUCAUUCCGUACAUCAGAGCCCUGCUUACAAAUCUUUUACAGAAAACAUUACAAUAAAAAAAUCAACUAAAGAACAAAAUUUCUAAAGCUAGAAUGCAGAUGUUGAUCAGAGAAACUCAACUACAAUCACUUCAUGUAAAAAGAAAUCUGAUGGUUUAAUUUCUAUGAAGUUGUAAUUUAGAAGAAUCAUAACUUUAAUAUGAUUUGUUCCUUAGUUAUGAAAAUGCAUACUCCAGCACUCAUUUUCAAAAUGUUUCUUUAAGAUUAAUAAAUUUGAUCAAGUAUUCGUCUAAACAUAAAUCCACAUAAAAACACUUAUUAGAAAAAACUUUUUUUUUUUUUUUUACUAAAGUAAGAAAAACAAGAAAUCUCCAAAUGAAAUCUUUAGGUUUAACAAUCAAAUCUAAUGUAUUUGACAUUUUUUAGCAACCUUUCAAAUAUUUUAUUUUGUAAUAUUCUAUUUAUACAUGUUAUACAGUACCAGUUAGGCCCAAUUAUUUUGUGAUUUUUUUUCUUUUGAACAAAUGUAGAAAUACUCCCAGAAUGUAUUAAAUGGUUCUCAAACUGGACUGUGUGCUUUUAUAUGAACGUUCCUGAACUUCCUGAAAACAAACAAAAGGGAGUUCUGUGUCGGAUGCAAAUGCACCAAGCCUCAUAUUUCACCCGUCAAAGCCUUAAAAACUCAUCACUUUUCAAAAUAACAUCAACACAUACUGAAAAUCUUUGUUAUUUUUUUUUUAUUGGUCACAAUAACUCAUGGCAACAUACCAGUAUCACCAAGCCACUGUACAAAUACAAAAAAAGGGUUUGGUGUGAAAAAGACUAUAAAAAUUAUUCCAUAACAAGUGAUUAUAAUUUCACACAAUAGCACUGUAAAAGAAUUAUAUGGCACCAAAGUCCCUGGUCUCUUUACUGGCUAAAAGACAUUAAAAAAUGAUAAAAGAACAGGUUGUAAGAGGCAAGAGACUGCAGGUCUGUGAUGGCAGCCAUGCGAUUUAUGGCGAGGUUGAACUCCAUGGAGAAAGUCACCAUAAACUGCCAAGCAGUGACCGCUCUCAGCGCUGAUCGAUACACGACACCACCAAUACCGAUAGUAAAAAUCCAUUCAUCUGAUUGAUUUUAGACAAAAAAGGAAGAAAGAGAGCAACAACGUGAAGUAAAAUGAAGUCAAGCACCUCUCUUUGAUUUUAGAGUUUACUGCACUAGUUGCGUGAGUGAACUGCACAGGCACACGUGUUUCUAUUCCAGGCUCCAGCGGCUGAUUUACACAGAGCAACAACAUGUUUGCCUGCUAAACAUCACUGUCUAACGCAGAGCGUCCCCUUCUCCCUCUCUCCUCAUCGCUUAAGGACUGUGGUGUUUCGUGGGUGAUCCACAAAGCUCUGGAAACAUGGAAGCUGGAACAUUUUAGGAAGAAAAAAAUCUGGAACAUUUCACUGUUUCAAAGGAUAAAAUUGCAAAGCUAGAUGGGAAAAAAAUUAAUUGGCAAGAUAUGUUUUGAAAUAGGUGGAGUUACUGAUGAAACAAAGGAAUUUCUGAAUUUUUUUUUCUUGAAUCAGACAAUUAACGCAACAUGGGAAUUUCCAACGUGUGCAGAUGACAAAGUUUUAACGGCUAAAAUAGGCAGCGACUCAAUUCAAAUUUUAUUUUAAAGCACAAAUUUAAUCGAAAUGUACGUUUUCAAGGGUAUUUUAAUUGAGUUUUUCAGCAUUCUGAAUUGAUAAAUAGAAAGUUCUAAUACAAAAUUGAGAAAAAAAAAGUUUAGGAAACUUUUUAAUAGUCAAAUUUAUGAUGGGAUGCAAAGCAAGCCACAGAAAAAAAUGAUUUUUUUGCUCAUUUCAGGAAAUUUGUGUGAAUUUUCCAUCAGGACGUAAAUGCAUGAACUUGUCGGGACACGAACAUCCCACUGAAAGAGGAAACGUAUGGAGCAAGUGCUGCCGGGAUCAGGACCGGGAAGGAAAACCACAGUUUUUGUUUGGGCAACACGUCAGCUCCAGACUGAAACGCAAACGAGGCCGUUUUCUGAACACGGAGAAGAUUGGCACUUGAAAAACACAAGCAGUUUUUUUUGACAAGUUUUCAGUUCACAGCCUGCAGAUAACAUUGGCACAAAUGAGGAUGAGACGUAUCACAUCCCACACACAGCAGAUAUUCUCAGGCUAAAUACUAUCACUGCUAUUUUUAGUAACUCUCUCGGGAUGGAUUUGUUAUUAAAGCCAAGGAAAAAAAGGACAUUAAAAAACAGAAAAUAUUACAUAGAAAUAGAAUUCCAUAAAUGUGAAGCAGUUUGGAUGUUUGUUGGCUUAGUGUACAUCAGAAUGUGCUUCGAUCUGGAAAAAAGAAACCCACUAUUGAUCCGUCAUUUAUGGCAAAAUGAGCUUUUCUUAUGAAGGAUAAUGUAAGGCAGAGGCGCUGCCACAUCAUAACGAUGCAAAAACUGUCCUUCCUACAGUGCAGGGGGGCUCAAACAUGUGUUCUUAGGCACCUGGGACAGCUGAUGAAUAGGUCCAACUUACAUGUAAUGAAUGUGUGGAUGUAAGCCUUUUGAGGAGUAAAAAUAAAAAAAAGAUGAACAUUCUUAACCAGAAAUAUCAUUUCUAAAGUUUCUUUUGUUUUGUACUACUGUCUGAGUGCAAUUCUAGUUCUCUAAGUGUACAUUCUGUCUACAGGGUGAACUCUCUUCACUAGAAAUAACAGUUUAAAAUGUGUUUUGGUGAGAAAAAAUUACAGUGUUAAUUUUUUUUUCCUUCUUUUUUUUUUUUAAACAGACCUAUGUUGGUUCUAGUGUGAUUUUGGGAGCACAGUCACUCAUUUUACACACUGACAACAACAACAACCCAUUGAUUCUUCAUUGAAGGGAAAAAAAUUGUAAAAAUAAAAAAAAAGGGGACAUCAUCUUCUUUCAUGUCCUCAGGAGAUGCAGACAUAUCCACUCUGGUCCUGACGUGAGGACUUUUAAAAGACUCGCUCCCGCUCCUUCUGGCUUCCACUAUUGCACAGUCCAAUGGCGGGAAAAGCCUCUGCGUCACGUAAUGUUGCCCUUCUACAGUUUCCAUCUAGGGCAACAGGAGGAGUUCAUCUCAACUUUGAGAAGAAAAAAAAAAAAAAAAACAUCUUUAGGCCACAGGAAGUAGGGAUAAACUCAGCUCUUCACAGCCAUACCACACUGCAGACGAUAUGACGGAAUGGAAGCAGUCCUCUGAUAUCUGAUGAUUUGAUACCUUGGCCCGCAUUAGUCGAAGCCAAAGCAUUCUCUCUCAAAAAAAAAAAAAA